CACGCCCGGCCCCGCCUCGUGAGGCCCGCAAAUCCCGAGGCGGCGAGGGUCGGGUUGUCUAGACUCCGGGAGGUAAUGCCCCGGAAGGCAGGGAACGUGGAAGAGGCCGAGGCGAGUGCGGAGGAGGUGGGCGCCGAGGAGGUGGGCCCUGAAGAGUACGGCGGGGAGGAGUCGGGCGCUGAGGAGUCCGGGCCGGAAGAGUCUGACCCAGAGGAGCCGGGCGCUGAGGAGGAGAUGGAGGCCGGGCAGUCGCGGCCGGUGCUGCGCUCAGUGAACUCCUGCGAGCCGUCCCAGGUCAUCUUCUGCAACCGCAGCCCGCGCGUCGUGCUGCCGGUGUGGCUCAACUUCGACGGCGAGCCGCAGCCCUACCCGACGCUGCCGCCGGGCACGGGCCGCCGCAUCCACAGCUACCGAGGUCACCUUUGGCUCUUCCGAGAUGCAGGGACAUACGAUGGGCUUCUGGUUAACCAGACUGAGCUGUUUGUGCCAUCUCUCAAUGUUGAUGGACAGCCUAUUUUUGCCAACAUCACACUGCCAGUGUAUACUCUGAAAGAGCGGUGCCUCCAGGUUGUCCGAAGCCUAGUGAAGCCUGAGAAUUACAGGAGACUGGACAUCGUGAGAUCACUCUAUGAAGAUCUGGAAGACCACCCGAAUGUAAGGAAAGACCUGGAGCGGCUGACACAGGAGCAUAUUGAAAAUCAACGGCUGGAAGGGGAGACUGAGGAUUUUAACUGAAAUUUGCACUCCUGAGUCUCAGCCUUUGAUGGUACUGACUAGUCUUAUCUACAUUUAGGACUGGUCACUUAUUCUUGGAUUCAAGGUGUCUCGUUUUCAGAGUAAAAAAUCCUCCAUUGCUUAAAGGAAAGUUAACUGACUUCACUAGGCAUUGUGAUGUUUAGGGGCAAAUAUCAAAAAUGUGAUUUAAUGCCUGCCCCUUCUAGAAGUAUUCAUCAAGUAGUUGCAUUUUUGCCUUCUAGUAAGUCAGGAAAGUUUCUUUGUAAGGACUUUUGUGUAAGUAAUUCAAUAAGAAUUGCAGCGUAUUCUUUAAUUGUGAGAAAGCAGUGGCAUCUGCUUUUAAUUGCUGUGUUGUGGUUGGUGAUGUGUCCGCCUCCCGCUUUGAGAAGACAGAGAUGUCCUUGAGGCAGGGACAAGUCUGUCUCCUCUUUGAGACCCCAGUGCCUCACACAUUAUGAGCCUUUAGUCAGUGUUUGUUGAAUGAACAAACCAGUGGAUACUUUGGUAGAAAGUGUUUGGAGGUUUUGCCCUUUUUUGGGGGGUGGGGAGGUGGGGACCUUACAGUGUAUACAGUAAACAAAUGUUUUAAAGGGAAUCACUUUUAUAGAAAGCACUUUUUAUGACUUUCUAAAUUUUGUGCUUUUCUCUGUCUGCUGUUGUAGUUCUAUUUUAUUUUAUGUUUCUAAACCAGGAUUAGCUUUCUACAGUUAUUGUAAUGAUCGCUUUUUUGAAACUUGAUGUCUGCACAGAAGAUAGGAGAAAAUAGCUGUCCUCUUGUUUAGUUCUAGUAUUAAGGAGCUACUACUGUACUGUAAAUAGGUUUUUGCUAAGUGUGGGUAUUUCUGUUACUUUUUUGAAAAUCCACUACAUUUCUGUUUGGCUUAGCAUUUUUUUUUUUUUUUUAAUGCUGCUGGUGUUAUAACAAGGGGCCAGCGGUGUUGGGGCAGUGGGGACCACUAAGGGGAGCCACUUGCAGGCUCAUCUGGACUUGCAAGGCUGCCUGGUUCAGCAUUUUUCAUCAGGCAGGAUCUGGUGACACUUUGCACCUGGCUGGAGGAGAGACAGAAGCCCUCCACCUCUUGGAAGUUACUCAUAAUAUACAUGGAUUCAGGGAGUAGCCCAAAAUGUUUUAUAGUUUUAUAAAUGUACAAAUGCUUUCUUAUAGGCUGGACUUAAAUUGAUUAACUCAAAUUCAAUACUUCUAUCAGGUUUUCUUUUCUGGUAACUAACAGUUAAAAAAAAAAUCCCCCAGUAGAGAAAAUUUUGGUAAAGACAGUAAAGUAAAAGGAAAAAAAGAUCACUAGAUACACUACUUGAAUACAGCCCCAAAACAUUUUGAACCUUUGACGUUUUUAGGGCAUCUUGUGGUUGGUUUGGUUUUCCAUAGUUGAGAUCAUACUGAAUAUACAGUUUUAUAUUCUGCCUUCUUAGUUAUAGCUUUAUAACUUAAAUAUUUUCCCAUGGCAUUAUAAGCUCUUUGUAGACAUUAGUGUAGUCUUCCGUUUAUAAGCAAUGGGAUAUUUCUUGGUAUCUGUAGUUCCCAUGCUAACCUUUGAGCACAAUUCCUGUGCUCUGAAAUCAGCGUGGAGUAAUGUCUUACUUACAGUGCCCCACAGUUUCCCCUAGACUUUGUUUCACCUCACCUUAAUCCCCUCUUUCAACUUCAGUUAAUAAAUUUGCCUUUGUUUUUUAAGCAUGCUGUAGUACUCAUUCAGUGACACAUGUCUCAGUGUCUGAUGUGUUAUUGAGCUGCUGGGUGGGAAGGAAGAAAUGCUGGGGAGCAGGCAAUGGUAUGUGUUCGAGGGUGGGAUGGGAUGGGGGAUGUCAGGAAGUCUGCUUUUGUUGGAUUCAUUCAUCGUUGGUUUAAAUUUUUUUUAACUUGUCUUUGUGUCCAAAUAAGAUUCAUGUUCAUCCUGUGAAAACAUACAGUUUGAGUACUGUGUUUUUUUGUGUUGUCCAAGGAGGAUUGAAAACCUGUAGCAUAAAUAAUAUAUGUUUUUCGUUUGAAAUCUUAUGACUGUAUUAAAUGUAUUGCUCUUAAGAGACUGAUGGUUCCUAUUUUGAGUUAAAAAAAAAAAAGCUGUUUUUGAAUACAUUAAAUGGUGCUGAGCAAAGGAAA